GAUAUAAACUGGAUGCUUGCCGUUUCGGGAUUCGGGGAUUUUAGGCUUUUUGCUUGUGACCAAAAGGACCGAAGACAACACGAUUGAUUGUUUACUUAGAAUAUUGAUUUUGAUUCCUCCUGCUUAUUCUCCUGUGUUUGGAUUUUUAUACCUUUCACUACUCAUUAGGAUUCUUGUGUGCUGCAUUUCGCGUCUUCUGAUUUUGUGUGUAUGUGUUUUUAUUAACUUAUCCGUGGAUACAUGGGCAACUUUUGAACCCUUUGCGUGAAUUCGAGAAAAAUAAAAUAACAGAACAGAGUCUGGACGGGAUAUGCCGUCCUCGGUGCAAAAUCAUUGAAAAAUUAACAAUUAGUUUUUUUUUAAAAAAAAUCCCAAUUGAUCUAGUCUUCUCUUUGGUUUGAGAUUGAUCUCUGCCGAGGAACGACGACACCCACCGUUGCCAACCUUCGUUCACGACACCGACGAAAAUUCUAUCGGUGGCUUGCGAUUCCGUUGAAGUAUUCGUUUAUGGGAUUGAUGCGUCAUCUGGGGCUUGUAAAAUCUAAUACGUUGAUUUAAGAUGCUUCAGCAUCAAAUUGUGCAAUCCCCAGCACGACUGGGCCUCACAAAUGCUAAUUCACCUUCCAUUCAAAACCCUACACCUCCCAAGCUUCCUCCAUCCCACUCCCAUCACCCUCAACCCCACCAUCAACACACUUCCAAUGCUCCUUCCCCUGCACUCCUCUCUCUUCUCCCUCCCCUCCCUAGAGCUCAAGCUCUUCUUCUCCAAAUGGCUUCUUUGGCUUCCAAGCUCUUUGAAGUAUCUCCCAAUAGAUCCCUUUGGGUUACUGCCUUCCGUGGAUCCGUCCCCACUUUCCUUUCUUCGCAAACCCAACCACAGUCUUCUACCUCUUUAGAGUCUUCUCUUUCCUCCACCAAGGAAAUUCUUUCACUUUUCACAGCUCUUCAAACCCAAAUCUUUGAAGCUGUUGCAGAGCUCCAAGAAAUUCUUGAUCUGCAAGAUGUUAAGCAGAAUGUUGGUCGAGAAAUUCAUGCCAAAGAUGCAGGGAUGCUUGCAUUUGCCAACAAACUCAAAGAUGCUGAGCGAGUUCUUGACAUUCUUGUUGAUGAUUAUUCUGAUUAUCGCCGGCCUAAGCGAUUGAAAUCAGGAGAGAGCAAUGACGAUGAUUCUUUGAACUCAACAACUGUUUCAUCUCACCUAAAGCUAUCUGAUAUACUAUCCUGUGCCCAUAGGAUAAGUUACACAACUUUUGCAUCACCAGAAUUUGGAGCUGGGCAAGCUCCUCUUCGUGGUGCACUUCCCCCUGCACCUCAAGAGGAGCAAAUGCGAGCAUCGCAGCUGUAUAAUUUUGCUGACCUUGAUGUUGGAUUGCCUAAAGUGGUUGAAACUAAGGAGAAAACGAUUGAGCCUAUCAUUGAGCCUCCACCUCCUCAGCCUGUGGAGACGAAUCCACUUGCCAAUUUGUCUGCAAUUCAAGGAUUGCUUCCUCCAAAUUUUACAGUUCCAACUGGUUGGAAGCCUGGAAUGCCUGUGGAAUUGCCUGUUGAUUUGCCAAUUAAGCCCCCUCCUGGCUGGAAACCCGGGGAUCCUGUGCCGUUGCCACCUAUGAACUCCCUUAAUGUACCAGUGUUCAAUGAACAACAAGUACGCCCGCAUGUUCCUCUACACAAGCCGCCUGAAGUUAUUCAGGUGCAGCCUGUGAAUUUGGAUCUGGGAGGGAGUGAUAGUAGUGAUUAUAGCAGUGAUGAAGCUAGCUCUGAUGAUGAAGAUUGACAAUUAUACGAGGGUGAUGGUUUUCAAGUUAAUAAUGGAAGCAUAAGACAGUUAUUCAAAACUAUUUACCUUACUGAAUGAAUCCCCAACUUAUCGUUUCCCUUGAGAUUUGAUACAGUCAUUGCUACUAAUUUCAUGUCAUGUGUCCAAUUGUAAAUGAUUGUCUGCUGAAGCUGGUAAUUCUUGGACACUUGAGUCAUUCAUGUUGCUGUUACAUAGUUGUUUCAUGUCACAUAGAUGUUCUAGAAUUGCAAUUAAUAUUCCUUUGUGGAGGAAAGCAUCUAUGUUGUCUCGUUUAUGUUU